AUGGAUCAAGGCUGGGUCAAGAAGCUCGAGGAGUCUAGAAUGUCGGAAGGAGAGAAGGAGGCGAGCGAAGGAGAUCAAAGCUCUGAAGAGGAAACGUUGGAGGGCCACAAGACCGCCAUUAGCUGCGAGAUGUGUUGCAAGGCUGAGGCCAAGUACACCUGUCCAGGUGGGAGACGGGACGUGGCGGAGUACAAGAACCUGACUGAGUUUACAGACUCCGACAUGCGCAACGAUUUCCAGUUCUUGAUGGACGCAGAAAGGAUAGCAGACAACGCGCACAGAGAAGGUUACAAGGAAAAGCUCUACGUGAAGAGCAAGGUACCCCAGCACCUCCAGCAGAUCUCUCGCUACGCAAGGUGGCGAGGAGUGAACAUGAUUGUCAUGCCCUCGUCCUUCAAGCGGAGGAAGGACAACACCUCCAGCUACUGUCACCAGAGGAAGCUGAUGCUGUGGAAGCUCGAGCUCGUCUUCGACCUCGACGAGCCUCUGACCAUCACUGAAGAUCGAGUCCCCGACUCGACAUCCCUGAGAGAUAUCCUCUCGAAGUAUUUCGACGUUUCAUGUACACAUGAGGCCUCCGUUCGAUGCAAACUUCAAGCCUUCCAAUCCAUGGAUUUGGACAACCUUUCUCUUUUCAUCAAGGUCGAGCCUUCCAAGGCCAACGACGUGAAGUACUACGAGCUAUCCAUCGACUCGACAAUCGCAGAGGCCCUCAAGCACAAAAUUGUCAUCGAGCAUCCCACCAUCCUCGUCAUGCUCAAGAGCAAGGCGGCAGAUAUGCCCACCAUCCCACAUCCUGUCAGCAUGCAAGAAGUGUUCGAGGAUACGAUCGCUGCCUCAACGGGAGGAGCAGCAAGCUUGGUUGAGACCAUCCCCUACGUGAAGAAGAGGGCGCACCCUUACUCGGAGUCCGCGAGGCACUUCGACAAGCGAGGAAGGGGAGGAAACCAGAGCUGGAGAGGGAGAGGGCGGGGGAGGAGAGACGUUAGGGCAGGGAGGGGAGACUCUCAGCAGGAAGUGAAAAAAGAAACCGAAACAGUCGAGCCGGGGCAUCGCAAUGAAGAGGAGAUCGAGCUCGAUGAAGACCUUGAGGACCCUGAGCUGCUCUCCAAGAUCGCCGAGGCUGUCGACCCCGAAGAGCUGAAGAAGGUCGAGCAAGAAAUCAACCAGGCGCUCGGGUUGUCGUCUGUGGACUCGUAG